AUUGACAUUUCCAUUUUUCAAUUCUUGUCGUCGAUUUCGUAUGAAUCACUAUAGUUUUUGUGUAUUAUUUAGGAAAUAAAAUACAUUACAGAUAUUCAAACAUUAUGGAGCUUCAAGAUACUUAUUACAAUAAAUCAGAAUAUGUAGAAACUGCUUCGGGAAAUAAAGUAAGCAGACAAACAGUACUAUGUGGAUCUCAAAACAUUGUUCUACACGGGAAGGUAAUAGUUCAAAGUGAUGCAAUUAUUAGAGGAGACUUGGCCAAUGUUAAAACUGGAAGAUUUUGUAUUAUAAGCAAAGGCUCUGUGAUAAGACCUCCUUUCAAGAAAUUUAGUAAGGGGGUUGCCUUCUUUCCUUUACAAAUGGGAGAUCAUGUGUUUGUUGGUGAGAACACUGUUGUGAAUGCUGCAGUUGUCGGAUCCUAUGUCUAUAUUGGAAAGAAUGUUGUUAUUGGUCGAAGAUGUGUACUAAAAGAUUGCUGUAUGAUUGAGGACAACUCCGUACUACCAGCUGAGACAGUGGUGCCCUCAUUUGCAAGAUACUCAGGCAGUCCAGCUCGCCUCAUAACCACACUACCAGAAGCAAUGCCAGAUCUCAUGACAGAAUUCACUAAGAGUUAUUAUCAACAUUUCUUACCGACCACUGUACAAUAAAUUGUAUUAAUUUGCUAAAACACAUACUUGAUACUUAUUUAUUUUAUACUUCUGUUAUAGUUUUAUUUGUAACUUUAUUACUAUGUAUUAUUAGUACUGUAAUGCUAAGUAACACUCAAAUGUUGUAAGAGUAUAUUAUAAGGCUUGAUUAAAAUGAUGGUAUUUU